AUGGCUGGGGACAUCGUCCGGUACACGCCCGCGCAGCUACACCACCUGCGCGACUCUCCUCUGGUUCAGAGGCCGGAUGGCCUGCCCUCUAUUGAACAAUGGAUGGAACCACAGCCGCCACAAAUGUUGGUAGAUAUACCUCGUGAACUCCUUUUUCGCAUAGCCGAGUUUCUCGACUGCGGACAAAGGCUUGCGCUUGCCAGCGUCUGCCAGUACUUCAAUUAUCUAUUUGAGCGUCCAGAGCUCUAUGAUACCUUACGAAAACUUCGAUGUGGGAAAAUCUCCAAAGAUGGCCAAGAAAUCGCGAACCUGCUUUCAACAUCACGUUCAUUUUUGCUCGAGGUCGAAUUUCGCAGGCACGGACCCGGUGCCAGCACUGAGCUGUUGCUUCGGCACGGUGCAGACUUCAACCAAGUGCCAUGCGGGCUACCCAGACUGAUUCAGGACACGCUUCGCGAAGCCGGACACAUUCAACACACUCUGUUUCUGCUCGAACACGGCGUGGACCCCGAGGAAGUAUGCAAGCUACUCGAAGACAUGUAUUGCGGUUCCCGAGCCGCUACCAACAUGCAGCUGUUACGUCAUCAUGGCGCGGUCUUCGAUCUACCAGCCAAGCUCCCCAAAGUGAGCGCGGAAACACGUUGCAAGUUAGGAUACAUGUACCACAAUUUGUGCGAACUCAGCGCGGAUCCCUCCUUAGUGAUCGUGCUCUUCAACAAACUAUAUCGGGGGUCCGGAGAUGGUACUGAACUGCCACGUGCGGACCUCAGAGCAGGCAGAUCAAAAGAGUGA